UCGGGAAAAAUGGAAAAAUUAGACCAUCAAGGUUUUGAUUACCGGUAGAGACUCGUGAUGGUCCUCAGAAGAAAGCGAGCUGAAGGGUUGAAAAGAAUCGAGAAAUCGUCUCGGCGUCAAGUUAUUGGCACCACUUUUGAAACUGGAACGUAUGGCGAAAGAGGAUGCCUCGAACAAAUGACGCAAACGAUCGCAAGAACAAUGGAGAAUCAAUGAUACCAGACGGCCUUUUACCAUCGUAUUUGGCCACUGCUUUUGGAGAUAUCUACGACAGAGAUGGACUUGCGAUAUUUGGUAGUGGGCUUGGAUGGUUGGAUCUUAUGGCCGCAUUCGUUCGAUUCUAUGCAGACACCGAGGAGGGCCAUCUUCCCAUUGUUCAAGAAGAGGAGAAGGAUGCUACUGGCCGGAUCAAGACAACGAAGAAACCUCUCGUGUUAGUCCUAGGAUUGCGCGACGACGAACACGAGACGCUUACUGCGAUGUUGGAAACGUGGGGCACGCCAGACGAGAUGAUGCCGACCAUCAUUACAAACGAGAGUGGACAAGGAAAGGAUCGAAUGCAAAUGUACCAGCGGGGUGGUGUAUUUUGUAUAACAUCUCGCAUACUGAUUGUCGACUUACUUGACAACACUCUCUCAUCGAAGGAUGUAGAUGGCAUGCUGAUAGGACACGCGGAUCACGUAAACAACGAUUCAACCGAAGCAUUCAUAAUCCGGAUCUACACGAGUCAAAAGCGAAGAGAUCAGUGCUUCAUCAAGGCGUUUACUGACAACCCCGAAUAUUUGCUCUCUGGAUUUGCCAAAAUUGACAAGACACUUAAGGCACUCCAGGUUCGUCACCUGUAUCUUUAUCCGCGAUUUCACGAUUCCAUUAAAAAAGAAUUGGAACAAAAUACGCCUCACGUACAGGAGCUUCAUCAAGAUCUAUCUCCUUCCAUGAAGGACAUUCAGAGUGCCAUUGUUGCAGCUGUCCAGACCUGCAUGAAAGAACUGAAAAGCUCAACACCUUUUCUCGAGUGGAUAGGCGAUGAUCUUUCCAUUGAGAACUGUGUCACUUCAGCCUUUGACCGCGCGGUUUCUAGGCAAUUGGAAAAGGACUGGCAUCGUCUGAAACCACAAACCAAACAGCUGGUUCAGGACUUGAGAACGUUGAGGGCCCUCUUUGCGUCCUUGAUACAAUACGACUGUGUUAGCUUUUGGAAACUGAUCUCUUCAAUCAAAACCAUGAGUGCGGCAUCGAGACACCCAGCGAUGUGGCUGUUGACACCCGCAGCAGAUUUGCUCUUUCGACGUGCCAAAGAACGAAUCUAUAAGGUUCAUCGUCCAAAACCCACAGAAACUAUACCCAAUCCAGUGGGUAAGUUGAUACCUGUGUUGGAAGUAAAUCCGAAAUGGAAACUCCUGAAAAACGUUUUGUUGGAGAUCAAAGAAAUCGAGUCCAAGGGUGAGCAAUCGAGUACUCUUCGUGAACAACCAGCAACAAUCCUAGUUGUUGUUAAAGAUGAGCGAACUGUAGAUGCGGUCAAGUCGUUUCUAGUUGAUGGGAGAGAUAGAACGAUGGUGAGUCUGGUUUUGAUAUCUUUGUUUCGUAUUGCAAUGUAUUGUAAAACAAUCUGAUUUGUGUUGAUCUUUUGGAAGACUUUGCGCUGGCACAAGUAUCUAGAGCAGUGCAAUGAUCGAUCGCGGUCGAUCAUCAAUGGAAAAAUGGCGGAAGAAAGUCGUCUUCUUUUAGAGGAAGAAAGUCGAGUGUGGAGAAUUCUCUAUGGAAACAAGGGACACAAAAAGAAACCUCAACAAAAUGGAAAGGACCGAGCGAGGAAACUCAACGAGGUUCCAGAGUAUCUCAGAAAGCGACGCAGGAUUGCUGUUGAGCAGGGCAGAGGACGAGAUAUGACUGGAACCAACGAAGAUAGGGAAAGGCAGGCAAUUUUAGAGGAAGCAGUAGAAGAGACGGAACAAGACCUAGAAAAAUUUCGAAAGACCGCCGAGGAGGAGUUGAAGGAGGAAGAGGAAGAGGAAGAUAUAAUAUUCAAUACGAUGUUCCAACCGUCAUUUAUUGAGGAACCAAGAGUGGUCAUCAAGAGCUUAUCGGGAAUUGAUAAGUCUGCUGUCGGAUUAGUUCUCGCUGAUUUGAACCCCGAUUAUGUAGUCUUGUACGAUUACGACAUAAGCUUCGUCCGAUCUGUGGAAGUCUUUGCAGCAUUGAAUCCUCUGAAAAAAGAAAAUCGCCUCAAGGUUUAUUUUCUGAUGUUUGCGGCAAGUUCCGAGCAAAAGGUUUUUCUUAAAGCCCUGGAGCGCGAACAAAGUGCAUUCGAAAGACUUAUUCACCACAAGAAGACGAUGCCUCCACCGGUGAUACAGGUGGAGGGCACACAGGAAAUGCAGCAUGCUCUAGCGACCGGCAGCGUUGCGGGAACAUACAGCAACGGGAGCUUGCCCCUGUCGAUGGAUACGAGAAGGGGAGCUGGGAAAUCCAAGGCAGAAAAACGCGAUAUUGCGGUGGAUGUUAGAGAAUUCCGGUCCGCCUUGCCGAGCAUUUUACACAGAGGGGGGAUGCGAAUAGCUCCGGUAACGUUGCUCGUUGGAGAUUUCGUACUGAGCAAUGUGCACUGCGUCGAACGAAAGAGCAUCAGUGACUUAUUUGGUAGUUUCGCAAGCGGUAGAUUGUACGUUCUUCCGAUUUUACUUCGAUCAAAAUAUCGAAUAAACUGUCCAUCAUCAUUCGAUUAAGUCACAUUCAAUUUUCCCUAACGAAUCUUUAUUUCCUAUCUAUUGUGAUUUUUAUCCGUUGUGUGAAAUAGAUACAACCAGGCGGAGCAAAUGUCGAAAUAUUACACCUG